GCGGCACGUGCGGCCGGCGGCGGAGCGAGCCGAGCGCGGCCGAGCGGGGCCGAGCCCGAUCGGGAGGGGCCGAGGUGAGACGGGCCGGGCCGGACCGAACCGAGCGGAGCUGCUGCCAUGCCCAAGGCGCGGGCCGGGAAGCGGCCCGAGCGCCGGGAAGGCCGCGCCGGCGGCAUCCUCUUCAACACCGGGGCCGGGCAGCACAUCCUGAAGAACCCUCUCGUGGUGAACAGCAUCAUCGAUAAGGCUGCCCUGCGUCGCACAGAUGUCAUUCUGGAAGUGGGCCCGGGAACUGGAAACCUGACAGUAAAGAUGCUGGAGAAGGUCAAAAAAGUUAUUGCUUGUGAAAUUGACCCUAGACUUGUUGGUGAGCUUCAGAAGAGAGUCCAGGGCACGUGUCUAGCAAACAAACUUGAAAUCAAGGUUGGUGAUAUCUUGAAAACAGAUUUACCAUUCUUUGAUGCAUGUGUGGCUAACUUGCCUUACCAGAUUUCUUCACCUUUUGUUUUCAAGUUAUUGCUUCAUAGACCUUUUUUCAGGUGUGCAAUCCUUAUGUUUCAAAGGGAAUUUGCACUUCGUUUGGUUGCAAAACCAGGAAGCAAACUGUACUGCAGACUCUCUAUUAAUACUCAGUUGUUAGCUCGAGUGGACCAUCUGAUGAAGGUUGGAAAGAACAACUUCAAGCCUCCUCCCAAAGUCGAAUCCAGUGUUGUCAGAAUAGAGCCAAAGAACCCACCACCACCUAUCAACUUCCAGGAGUGGGAUGGUCUGGUAAGGAUAGCCUUUGUUAGGAAAAACAAGACACUCUCUGCAGCAUUUAAAUCAAGUGCUGUAGAACAGUUGCUGGAUCGUAAUUACCAAGUUCAUUGUUCCUUACAUAAUACGGUUUUCCAGAAGAGUUUGAAGGUGGGAGGAACUUCGCUCUUUUCUUAAAGAAAAAUCUAAAAGGGUAAUUAAAUCAUAGUAAAAAAGCUUAAAAUCAAGUCUAUUUUGACAAUAUAGUCCAUAUUAUAUAUGUCUUGAGGUCUUUUACUAAUUUAAUAAAACAUUUCUUGUCUGCUUUUCAA